AUGGAUGAAAAUGAAGGCGCCAGUCUUGACGUGGAAUUUAAAAGGUACCUGCAAAUUAUGAGGCCAUAUUUAGAACAACUUCUAGACCAAGACGUGAUAGAGAUUUGCAAGGCCUGGAUCCAAAGACUCUCAAACUGUAACGAUAAAGAGAAGAACCUUCGCAAUAAGUAUGUGUUUUCUUUGUGCUAUCAAUUAGCUAAAGGAGUCCUUGAUGAACCCUUUCUAAAUUCCCCACCAGCAACGGAACUGCCUCCACUCUCUGAUGAGCUGGAUAGUGAUAGUUCGUCGAACGAAAUUGAGUACUUUGUGAUUAAUUCUGAAGAAGAUACCAAAGUCCUGUUCAAUAAUAAGAAAUUACCUCAGCUAUCAGAUACAGACUACCAUUCCCAAGAUAAUGAUACUGAAUCCCAGAAAAAUGAGUCAAAUAGUUUUGAAAAGCAAUUUCAAUCAAAUAAACAAACAUUUUAUUGCUAUACGUGCCCAGAGAUGCCAAGAGGUUUUGAAAUACAAAAUCAGUCGUGUGAUGAGUACAAAUUCAGAGCCAAAAAUUUGAUAAUGAAGUUACGGGAAAUCAAAACCCAAAAUAUUCAACUGCACAAAGAGUUAGAAGUAUUGAGACAAGAGUGUAAAAUCAAGUCGUGUGAAAAUUUAGAUGAAAGUAUUAUAAAAGUUGAUCACUGCACUAGCGUAUGUUGUCACUCUAAAGAUAGCAGUACUACACUUACCUCAUUGAAAACAAAACUGCAAGAACUACAAGAUUCUCGAAAUGUUUUAAUUCAAACAAUAGAACACUUACAAGAAAAACUUGACAACUACGACGAUAUGAAAAAACAUGAACUAGAAGAAAUCGAAGCUCAUCAUAAACUGGACAUAAUAAAAACUAAAACAGCUACUCGUGAAGAAACAAAGGAAAUCUACGAGAAGAAAAUAGAAGAAGUCAAAGCAGAAUACGAAAUGAUGAUUGAAAAUAUUCGGAGUAAGCUGGAUUCUGAGAAGCAAGAGAUUAUUUUAGCUAAAAACCGAGUUAUUUCUGAAAAGGAAAAGAUAAUAGAGGACAAAGAUAAUGAAAUUAUUCGCCUACGAAACCUCAAUGAUGACCAGAAGGGCCAUUUGCAUGAGGUAAUAAACAAAUUUUUGGAAAAGCCAAACGACGAUACACCUAGUGACAAUAUGAGACUGAAAGCGGAACAACUCGAGAAGCGUUUGAACAAAAUUGAAAAAACAAAAACAAAAAAUGCCAGAGUGUACGAGGCUAAAUUGGCACAUUUACAGCGCGAGAAACAUUUGGCCGAGUGUUCGUUACAGCUACAACUAGUUAGACAGAGGGCUCAGGUCGUUAGUGAAGUAGCUGACGAGAAUCAAACGGAACUGACGGCCGCCCUGAACAAAUUGGAAAACAAAUACAAAGAGAUCGUCGGAAACAUGCAGGCCACUGCAAUCCAGAGAAGAGUGCAGGAUCAGAUGGCUAUAGAAUCGAUAUUGCACGCCGCGUGCGGAAUCCGGAACGAGGGUUAUACGAAUUCGCAAGGCACAAACCGCAGCCAAUUCUCCGGCAAAACUAUGCAAAAUCAAAACAGAAAUGGGAAUCAGAUGAAUCAGAGUUAUGACAGCGAAAUUUCGGCUUUGCUGAACGGCAACAAGGUUGAAAACUUAAUUGGGGGUAACAAAUCUUUGGGUGAAGACACCGUGUUGGCCGGAUAUUGUUUGGAUGGUGAGAGAAUGGGAGAACUAUUCGAAAGGGUGUACAUACCACAAAAGGACAUCGGAGAUGGGCCCUUGAAGAAGUAGUCCAACAAUCCUGCAACUAUCCGGCCUUUGUGCGGCGGCCCUUAAAUUAUAUCGCCCAAAGUUUGUCGUAAGUGGUGCCAAGCUUAAUAUCGUUUCAAUUUAUUUAGAAGGCCUGUGGGUUAUUGUUUCAAUUUGUGAGGGUGAUUUGU